AUGAAUAAGUUUAAGAUGCUUCAAGAGCAAAUGAUUGGAGGUAAAGAAGAAGGUAGAAGGAGGUUAUGGGAUGGGUUACAACGGCUAUCCCUUUUGAAUGAAGCAUGGAUUAUUUUGGGGGACUUCAAUGCCCCUUUUUCUGGUAUGGAUAGAUCUGGUGGGAACCCAAUCUCAGCUGUAGAAUUGACAGACUCUCUUCGUUGGCUUGAGGAGGCUCAUGUUGUUCCCCUCAGGAGUUUAGGUUCUUAUUUCUCUUGGACUAAUAAUCAAAAUGGUCCAGCUAGAAUCUAUUCUAAAAUUGACCAUGUUUUUAUGAACGAGGCUUGGCUUGAUCUUUUUCCUCAUGCUAAUGCUGUUUUUAGAUGGGAAGUUGUCUCAGACCAUUGCUUUUGUGUUGUUAACAAUCUGCCUAAGGAGAAUUUGGGUAUUAAAUUGUUCAGAUUUUACAACUUUUGGGCUGAUCAUCAUAACUUUACUGAGGUGGUUAGGAACAGCUGGAGGAUGCCUAUUAAGGCAACUGGGUUAAGGGCAAUAUAUUUAAAGACUUUGAGGCUGAAGCAUAGGUUAAAAUCAUUUAAUCAAGAUAAUAUUGGUGACAUUGGUUUGAGCUAUCACACGGCUAAGGAAAAUUACCAAGAAGCUCAACUUCUAGCUCAAACUAAUCCGAAUGAUUUCAGGUAUCAGAAAGAAGUGCAGGUUGCUGCUGAAGCUUUUUUAGUUCAGGAGAAAAUGUACCAUAGUUUCUUGACCCAAAGAAGUAAAAUAAACUGGUUAAGGAAGAGUGAUAUGAAUACUUCUUUUUUCCAUGCUUAUCUGAAGAAGCGUAGAGCAAAAAAUGGUAUUGCUUCCUUUGUCAAUGAUCAAGGUAAUCUGGUAGACAAUUUUUCUGAAGUUGUUUCUCACUUUGUUGAGCAUUUAAGAGGCAAUUUGGGGAGCCCGAGUUCAACUACAGGCAUAAUUAAUUUAGAUUGUAUAGCGAUGGGUCCAAAGCUCUCGGUAGAUCAUCAACUAAUGCUUUUAAAACCUUUUUCUUAUAAGGAAAUUCGUAAUGCAUUAUUUGGUAUUCCCAUUACUAAGUCCCCGGGACCAGAUGGGUUUGGUUCUGGUUUUUUCAAGGCUGUCUGGCAGGAUAUUGGGGGAAGAAGAUGGAUACUGGUUUGUGUGCGGAAUACUUCGUACUCUUUGCUCAUGAAUGGUAGAGUUCAAGGUACUCACUCAGCUGUUCAUACUCUUAAAAAUGCUCUUGUGGAAUUUAGUUCUGCUACUGGUUUGUCUAUAAAUACAGAUAAGUCUCAUAUAUUUUUUGAAGGCGUUUCUGCUACUGAGAGACAGCUUAUUGCUCAGGAGAUUCAACUCCCGGAAGGCUCCUUUCCUCUAAAGUACCUUGGGGUGCCUAUGAGGCCAACUAAGUGGAGACAUGAAGACUGUGAAAUAAUUCUUCAGAAAAUCAGAUUGAGACUUCAAUCUUGGACCAGUAGACAUCUCUCAUAUGCUGGCCCAAUGCAGCUCAUCCAUUCAGUUUUAUUUGGACUUCAUAAUUACUGGAUGAGUAUUUUUAUUUUACCACAGAGUAUAGUUAAGGAGGUAGAGAAAUUGUGUCGUAGCUUUCUUUGGGGCAGUUUUGGACAGAGGAGUAAGCUUCAUCUUGCUUCUUGGCAGAAGGUUAGCCUUCCUAAAGCUUAUGGUGGGCUUGGUUUCAGAGAUGGAACUUUAUGGAAUAGAGCUAUUUUAGCCAAAUAUAUCUGGGCUAUCUCUGAAAAGCCUGAUAUUUUAUGGGUUAAAUGGAUAAAUGCUAUAUAUUUGAAAGGUUUCAACUUCUGGAGUUCUACUCUGAAAUCUGAUUGUAUUUGGUAUUGGAGGAAGUUAUGUCAUAUUAGGGAGAAAUUUAGUUAUUCUGAGUUACAGGCUGCUGGGUUUCUAGGGAGAUUCCAGCCUUCAAAACUGUACAAUUGCUCUUUAAACCAGCAGCCGGUGGGCUAUUAUCCUGCAGUGUGGAGUAAGCUUACAUUACCAAAACACAGAUUUCUCCUUUGGCAGAUGAUUAAUGCGCAGCUGCUCACUAGAGACAACCUUAUUAGAUUACACAUUCAGGUGCCAAAUCUGAUGUGUCCGGUCUGUGGGAGUUACUUUGAGAGUCACCCUCACCUCUUCUUUGAUUGCUGUCUCUCUAAGCAGGUUCUCAAUAUCAUGUUUCAUUGGCUUGGAUUCAUAGCUUGGCCUAGUGAAUUCACUAGUUGGGGUGUUUGGCUUGCUAGAGCUUGGCAUGGUCGGCAUGGAAUUAUGGCUUCCAUUAUGAACUUGUUGUUGCAGCUGUUACUUACAGUAUAUGGAGGAAUAGAAAUAGAUGUUUUUUUGAUGGCUAUUCGUUGGCAGCUGAUUGCCUAG